UGGCGAAUUUUAUCUCUAUUGAAGCAGAAAAUUUUUGAAUUUCAGGAAAUAAUCGCUCAGUGUCGGUUCUUAACAUCGGCCGGUUUCGAUACAACAGCUAAUACCUUAGCAUAUCUCUUAUAUUUGUUAUCGAAGCAUUACGAUGUUCAAGAGAACUUGCGUUCUGAGAUUGACAAUGAAAAAAAUAUAAAUUUUGAUACCAUAUCACAAAUGCCAUAUUUGCAGUGUGUAGUGGCCGAAACUCUUCGACUUUUUCCACAUGCUGCAAUGCUUCAGUCAAGACGAUGCAUGCAAGACUGUUUAAUUGGCGACUAUAAAUUCGCUAAGGACCUUAGUAUUAUCUUCGAUACUUGGAGUCUCCACUACGAUGUCGAUAUUUGGGGAGAUGAUGCGAAUGAUAGAUUUGGGCGAAAUCGAACACGAAAUGAGUCUUUAAGUUGGAUGCCGUUCGGCAUGGGAGCAAGGCAGUGUGUUGGAAUGAGAUUUGCACUACUUGAAAUCAAGGCGACAGUUUGCUAUCUCUUGAAAAGAUUUUAUAUCCGAACAACAAAUUGCUGUAAUGUAAGUCGAAUUGUUUUCACUGUGAAGUGUCAUUUUUGA